AUGGAAGACAUAGCAGUAUACUGCUCAUGGGCUGAUGCGCAACUCAGUGAAGACCACCCGUUUCUCCGAGUACUUCCAACAGAAAUCCGAUCAAUCAUUAUCAGGUCAACUGCAUCCCAAUAUCUGGAGACCCUGGCCGAUGCUUUUCGAGAUCCUCGAUGCACAGAUGCGCUCUUUCCGCUCUACAAGCCUCUCUUGCCCGAGUUACUCGCCAGGUGGUCAGGUGUUACUCGCACCGCUGAUCUCAAGGAUGUUAUCAACACCAUUUCAUGUCUGGCUCGGGUGUUGCCACUUGCUACAUAUCUCCGCCCUCACGUCACGUCGCUUUUUCGGAUAGAUCACUUGCGACAUCGUCUGUUGGAUCUAGGAAGAUCUUCGCCUGAGGUUCGGGACGACAUCGAAUAUCCACUUCUGCUCGCUCUUUUUCGCCUUCUCUCUUUUGACCGCCGCAUGCUCACCAAUAUCGUUACCCCUGUCUUCUUAUCAUCUUUUCUACACCAUCGCUCUUUGGCAGUCAGGUACUUGGCUAUCCAGUGUCUGUGCAUGAUCCUGCACUUUGCCGAUGCUUUCUCAGAGAAAAUGGUCAAGACGUAUGUAGGCGACGAAGCCGCCUGGGGCCAGUGGGAAGGCCGAAGGAUCGACUAUCGACUGCUGAAGCUUUGGGAGGAGAGACGCUGGAAAGAUCUGCUCGGGACGCUAACGGAUGUUGAGAAGUCCUGGCAAUCAUCACCAUCAUCGUCUUCAAAAGCGCGCAGCCUGGUCACUGAAAAUUUCUCGCCGCGGGUCACCAACAUUGGCGGCGUUCUUCACCUGCUAUGGAGUGAUAACUCACUAUGCUCCCCAACUUCCACUUUCGUCCUGACGGCAACGGCGAAGUACAAUUUGCGGCAGCUCGGGAAGUGUUUGUUAGACUCGAAGCCUAUUCUCAUCCUGGGGCGGGCGGGCUCUGGAAAGACCUCCUUAGUUCAUGAGGCCGCGAGGCUCCUGAAUCAAUCGUCAUCGAUGAUUACUUUACACCUCAACGAACAAACUGACGCCAAGAGUCUGCUGGGGAUAUACACUUCCUCGGCUGACGGCAAGUCAUUCACCUGGCAGCCCGGUGUUUUGACCAAGGCCAUGCAACAAGGGAGAUGGGUUCUCAUAGAAGAUAUUGAUCGGGCACCUUCCGAGGUCAUGGGAGUGCUGCGCCCGAUUCUCGAGAAGGGGGAUCUGUUCCUGCCUAGUCGUAACCAAAAAGUACGCCCGAGGCACGGUUUUCGCAUAUUGGCAACAGUUGAAUCUGUUGGACAGAUUUCUCACGUUACGAAUUCUCGCCAUUCGUGGCUACUCAAUCCUCGAGUUUGGAGCACUGUCGAAACCAUCAACUACCCACCUGCAGAGGUCGAGGCAUUGCUUCACUCUCGAUAUCCUGAUGCAGGUAUCUUCGUUACCACAAUCCUGCGAGUUCACGGCAAACUCCUUCGUCUGUAUAAGGAAAAUCAUGCCCUGAAAAGACUACAGACACGCAUGCCCUCCCUGAGAGAUCUGCUCAAUUUGUUGAGAAGGACAGUUCGCAGAUUGGGACGUUAUGGGGUGGUUUCAAAGUCGACCGCUCUACCCGAACAGGUAACAUUUCACAUCUUCAAGGAUGCUGUCGACUGCUAUGCAGGCUACCUCAACAAUGAGGAACUCCAUGAAUUGUUAGCUGAGAGCAUUGCCGCAGAAAUGAAUAUAUCCCCCCAGCAAAUGCGGUAUUGUCUGAACGAAACAUUUCCAACGGUCUCCGAGGACAAAGACGUGGUGCAGGUUGGCCGAAGCACUCUUGAAAAGAUUCCCAUUCGCCGUCGGCAGGCCAACAGAACUCCUUUUGCAUUCACCACCUCGGCUGGGAGAACCCUUGACCGUAUUGUUGUCUGUGCCGAUUGCUCAGAACCUUGUCUUCUGGUUGGUGAAACUGGCGUUGGCAAGACAACUCUUGUACAAUACGUUGCGAAUCUCUUGGGUCAAACUCUCACCGUGGUCAAUCUUUCGCAACAAAGCGAGGCUGGCGACCUUGUUGGGGGUUUGAAGCCGGUAACAGUUCGAUCUCUAAUCCUUCCCAUGAUUGAAAAGUUCAACGCCUUGUUUGAUGAUACCUUCUCUACGAAAAAGAACGAGAAAUUCCAAAUAGCUCUCGCUAAGGCAUUUGCAAAGCAAAACUGGUCGAGACUGAUAAUCCUGUGGAACCAAGCUACUCAAAUGGCAGCAGCCUCCCUCAACCCUGCAGAGACCGUCAACACGGAUGGGUCCGUCCACGCAAGCAAGAAGCGCAAGCUGGACACUGCAAAAUACAAUGUCCUGCGCGCUAGGUGGGCUGAAUUUUCUGAAAGUUUGAAGCAGAUCCGUACGUUUGUUGAUCGCGGCGACAAGACGCACACCUUCACCUUCGUUGAAAGUAGGUUGGUUCAAGCGGUCCGAGAGGGCGGAUGGGUGCUCUUCGAUGAAAUCAACUUGGCGCCCUCAGACACUCUAGAUCAUAUCGUCAGUCUAUUACACAAUGGUGAUGAGGAAAAACCGUCACUACUACUCGCUGAAGCGGGCAACAUUGAGACUCUCGUUGCUCAUCCCAACUUUCGAGUCUUUGCUGCUAUGAAUCCGGCAACGGAUGCAGGAAAGAAAGACCUUCCACCUGCCUUGCGAUCACGAUUUACAGAGAUAUAUGUUCCCCCUGGUGACAAUAAUCUGGAGGACUUGACCAAGAUAAUUCAGACCUAUCUUGGCUCUCUGCUCGAUAAUGACAAACGAGCCGCCUUGGACCUUGCAAACUCCUAUCUCGAUUUGAAGAAGCUCAAUGAAACGCACAAGCUUACCGAUGGGGCAGGUGAAACACCACAUUUCAGUAUUCGGUCGCUCGUCCGGUGUCUGUUAUACACGUCACAAUACAGUGCAAGUCACGGCUUAAGACGUGCAAUGUAUGAAGGGUUUGCAAUGAGCUUUUUUACAGUACUGAGCAACGAAGCAGAAAAAUUAGCUUUGCCCUCCGUUGAAAAGCAUUUGCUCUCAACAGUUAGGAAUCGGAAGGCAUUCUUCAGUCAACUACCCAAGAUCCCACAUGAUGAGGAUUACAUUGCCUUCAGACACCACUUUGUUAAGAAAGGUCCCAUGACGCCUGACUUCCAAUCACACUAUAUCAGAACGCCAUCUGUGGAACGCAAUUUGCUCAAUUUGGCCCGCGCUGCCUCUAUGCGACGCUUUCCAAUUCUCUUACAAGGACCGACAUCGGCUGGGAAGACCAGCAUGGUGGAAUAUCUCGCAAAAUUGUCUGGCAACAAAUUUGUCAGGAUCAACAACCAUGAGCACACGGAUCUUCAAGAGUAUUUGGGCAGCUAUACAUCAGAUACCGACGGCAAACUAGUAUUCCGAGAAGGUGUUUUAGUGGAUGCGCUACGUCUUGGCCAUUGGAUCGUGCUCGACGAAUUGAAUCUGGCCCCAAGCGACGUGCUCGAAGCCCUGAAUCGGUUGCUUGAUGAUAACAGAGAGCUCCUCAUUCCGGAGUCUCAGGAAAUGGUCCGACCGCAUCCUAACUUCAUGCUCUUCGCCACACAGAAUCCGGCUGGCCUGUACGGAGGGCGGAAGCGACUUUCUCGGGCAUUCAGAAAUCGUUUUCUUGAAAUCCACUUUGAUGACAUCCCUGAAGACGAGUUGGAAAUAAUACUUCGAGAACGGGCUCAGAUCGCUCCAUCGUUUUGCACCAAAAUUGUCGCUGUUUACAAGAAGCUGUCUCUUCUCAGGCAAUCCUCUAGAUUAUUUGAACAGCGUAACAGCUUUGCCACCUUGCGGGAUCUGUUUCGAUGGGCCUCAAGACCUGUGGAUGAUUGGCAGCAGUUGGCAUAUCACGGGUUCAUGCUCCUGGCUGAACGAGUAAGAGAACCCGCCGAGCGUGCCGUGGUCAGGAACAUUAUCGAGGAGACCAUCAAAGUUGCUAUUGAUGAGAAGGUUCUGUAUGGGAUGUCGAAGAUCCCGCAUUCUGUUCAGCGGCAUGGUUCGAUUGUCUGGACUUCGGCCAUGAGACGAGUUUUCGUUCUUGUAGCUGAAGCACUGAAGAAUAGAGAGCCGGUCCUCUUGGUCGGCGAGACUGGUUGCGGAAAGACCCAAAUUUCUCAAGUGAUUGCCGCAGCGGCCGGAAAGCCACUCGAUAUCUACAAUGCACAUACUAAUACCGAAACUGGCGACCUUAUUGGCUCUCAGCGACCAAUUCGCAAUCGAUCCGAGCUUGCCAACAACGUACGGGCGAGCUGGCAAGCCCUGGUUCGUUCCAGGCCCGAGGGCAUCUUGACCGAAGACCUAGAUGUUAGCGAAAUUGUGGAAGCAUUCAAAAGAUUGGAUUGCUCCGGCUAUGAUCCCAACUUUGUCGAGCAAGUCCGAUCCAGCAUCGGGGCAUACGAAGCCCUGUUUGCCUGGAACGAUGGCAGCCUCGUCCGAGCCAUGAAAAGAGGAGAAUAUUUCUUGCUUGACGAGAUAUCUCUGGCUGAAGACUCCGUUCUCGAGCGUUUGAACAGUGUCCUAGAGCCAUCUCGGACAAUCUUACUGGCAGAAAAGGGCUCUGUCGACAAUCUCGUCGUCGCGCAUCCAAGUUUUCAAUUCCUAGCUACUAUGAAUCCGGGAGGGGACUACGGGAAAAGAGAGCUGUCGGCGGCACUCCGAAAUCGGUUAACUGAGAUCUGGGUGCCUUCCUUGUCACAAGAAGCAGACGUCUUGCCAAUUAUUCAGAAUAAGCUGCGAAUAAGGAGAGGUGACUUGGCCGAGAAGAUGCUUAAGUUUGCUACCUGGUUUCGUAACGAGUUCCAUAACACGACAUCCAAAAGCAUAGGGUUGCGAGAUCUAUUAGCAUGGGCAGACUUUAUCAACCAUGCUGUGCCACUAGGGGAGGACUUUGCCUUUGUGCAUGGUGCGUUCCUGGUCUACGUUGACUCCAUCGGUGCAAACCCAGCCGGAUUGACUUCGAUGGGCGCAAGGGACUUGAAUGAGUCAAGACAAGAUUGCUUAAAUCACUUACAAAAUCUGGUGGGUCUUGAUGUUUUUGAGAUCUAUAACAGAACUCCCGACCUCUCCUCUACCAGUGAACGCCUCUUUGUUGGUCAAUUCUCCCUACCUCGAACAGAACAUACGACACAGCAGACAACCGAUCUCGUUUUCGACGCUCCCACUACAUCAAAAAAUACGAUGAGGAUCAUCCGCGCUUUGCAGAUGACAAGGCCGAUUCUGUUGGAAGGCAGCCCCGGUGUGGGCAAGACAGCAAUAGUGACGGCUCUUGCACAAGCUUGCGGAAGGGAAUUUACCCGAAUUAACUUGUCCGACCAGACGGACCUCAUGGACUUGUUCGGGGCAGAUGCUCCUUCCGAGAAUGAGGGAGUAGGGAAGUUUUCAUGGCAAGACGGUCCUCUGCUGAAAGCCAUGCAAUCCGGUGGAUGGGUCCUCCUCGAUGAAAUGAACCUGGCAUCGCAAUCGGUUUUGGAAGGCCUGAAUGCUUGCUUGGAUCAUCGUCGAGAAGUCUAUAUUGCGGAACUGGAUAAAUCGUUCGUCUGUCAUCCAGAUUUCACCUUGUUUGCCGCUCAAAACCCUCAUCAUCAAGGCGGAGGCCGUAAAGGGCUCCCGGCUUCCUUCGUCAACCGAUUCACGGUCGUUUAUGCAGAUUCUUUUCAACGUGUGGAUUUGGUCCGCAUUUGCGCGUCCAGGUUCCCAGACGUUGAUGCCGAUCAACUCGAGAACGUGAUCAAUACAGUCACACAGCUUAAUCGGGCCAUUGCUCGAGGUCCAGCCUUUGCGCAUGGAGGACCUUGGGAAUUGAACCUCCGUGACGUGAGCCGAUGGUUGCGACUGUGCAAAGAUCAGCCGACACUUCCCUCGUCUUACCAUCUUCGCAAUAUUGUGACAGGGCGCUUCCGCACCCCUACUCAAAGAAACCUGAUCCUGAAGGGAGCCGAAUCCAGCCUUACCUCCACAACUCCUGAAAGCUUUUAUAACAAUAUAACUGAAACCUUUCUUCAAGUCGGCAACGCUUUUCUCUCUAGGGAUUCGAUCUUGCAAAGAACUGAAGCGCCGAAUAUAACUCCCUCCGUCCGACAACUUCCCGCAUCGAAUUCUAUCAUCAUAGCUGUCAAACAAAAUUGGCCUGUGAUUCUGGCUGGACCUUCAGGUUCCGGAAAAACAACUCUCAUACGGUAUCUCGCGGCUGCGGCGGGAGUCGAGCUCGUCGAAUUUUCGAUGAACUCUGAUGUGGACACUGUAGACCUCGUGGGAGGUUUCGACCAAUACGACACCCGUCGCGAUGUCAGCAAGAUCCAUACUAGAAUACGAGAAGUGCUCCGACAACGAAUCGCAUCGUCCUUUACAAAUAAGUCCGACGGAGCAGCGCAGGUCCAACUAUUGAGGCUAUGGCAACUCUUCGAGGGCGAUGAGUUAGAGAUCCCUGAUCUUCGAGCAGCCAUACCAAAUUUAUUAGCUAUUUUGCCGGAACUUCGGGCACAAGUCGAAGUGUUUUCGACUAUUCUCGAUUCAGUCGAUCAAUCGAGUUUCCGGUUCGUAUGGAACGAUGGCAUUCUCGUCGAUGCUAUCGAGAAGGGUUCAUGGCUGUUGCUGGAAAAUGCCAAUUUGUGCAAUCCAUCCGUCCUGGACAGGCUGAAUUCAUUGCUCGAACCAGGUGGAUCACUUGUGAUCAGCGAGCAACAUAGUGGGAGCACCAGUACGAGAAUUAUUGAACCACAUCCAAAUUUCAGGAUAUUCCUCACCAUGGACCCGCGCUAUGGAGAGCUUUCGAGGGCGAUGAGAAAUCGAUCGCUUGAAAUUUUUAUGCCUGAUGGACCCGGGAGUUUUGAUGCGGCUCCCAUUCGGUAUCCGAUUGCUUCUGCUCUCACUCGCUUGAGGCAAUUGUCAGAGAUGGCUGACCAAAUUCCACAAGCGCACAGUAUCGAAGCCGCGGCUGACAAUCUCAAUCUUAAAGACAUGAGGAUGAUCUCAAAUGCUGAUUGCCCCUUGCCUGGUGCUGAAGCUGAUCGCUUACUGCAGCUGGAGAUCAGCAAGAGAAAUUUCUUCGACGUGGAAAAGCUGUACCAAAUGUUUGAUUCUCUGGAGCUUUCUGCAAGCAACGGGUGUCCACAAAUGCUCGUUCUUAAUGAGCCACUGAUCUUGCUUGGUGGAUUUUCCAAGAGAGGGUUUCUGGAGACUCCAUUCACGGAGCUAUUUACCAGGUACUGGUACGUAGCACGGCGGAUGGCAGGAAUCACUUCACUCUUGAAGGACGCAUCAACCCGAGCUGGAGCAGUUCUUGAACGAUCAGCUUCUGCUGCAAAGAGAGCAGCAUUCGAUACAGUGCCGAACAUUACGGCUUUCGGCAAUCUUGUGAUUUCCUCGAUGUCUGAAAUUCUUCAAAGAGAGAUCAACGCAAUGAGGAAGCUAGAUUUGUUGGAAGGAGUAGAAAGAAUUUUCAUUUUUACUCAGGAGCUCCUCCUCCUCUGUGACGCGAAAACGAUCGACAUCGCUUAUUUGCAGGCAUACCUACGAGUCGGAGACGACCUGGUUCAUUUUGUUCGGCGAAGCGUUCCCGAGAUCGCUCCUCAACUAUCACGGUGCCUGGAGACCUUGUCUGCUUACAAGGGUAGGCUGAACACUGGAUUCGGUCUUCAACUUAUGUGGCAAACCUUCCGGCCCAAGACAGCUGCCACAUGGCAACAACUCAACUGUCAACUUGCAUUGGAAAAGCUCAUUGGUAGAUUUGACCUUGCAUGUCGCUCCUUGCAGCAACCUCGCAACUCACUCUCAAGUUUGAGGCUAAGAUUGCAAAAUGUGUAUACGUCGAUCGUCGAGUCAGGAGAGCCAGAGGCCUUGAUGCCGGAUCUUCACGAAGCCGUGGCGAGACUGCAGGAGCAAUCAACGAAGGAGGUUUUUUUUGAGGGAAAGUUUCAACAAGUAUUCAGGUUCAUUCAACAUGCGGUCAAAUUGCAGAAGCGUGAGGCGGACGAGCCAGAUCUAGAGAAUCUGGCGAUGUUUGUGCCUCAGCAUGAAACACAAUCCCUUGUUGUCGGACACGAAAACGCUGGGCUUAGCUCACUGGUCCGCCUCGCAUUCCUUGAUGCUGAUAUUUUGGUGGACGAUGGCUCCAUUGGGAUGGAACUGAUAAGGCAGCUGUCAUCAAUACAACAACAGCCUCUAGGCAUACUGAACCAUGCAAAAGAGGAGCUAGGAGAGCUAACGAAAGCAUUGGCGUCCCAUACCUGCUCACUCGAGGGCUCCAUCUCCCAGGUUGCCGUUGAUAUUCGGUCGGUCCUAGGAGGUUUGAUGUCUUCCUUCUAUAAUCUCUUGACGUGCGAGGCAAGGGCAUGCUUUCCUGAAGGAGGAACACCAGAUCUUUCUCAGUUAUCUGCCAUCCCGAGCAACGAUGUCUUUCUACAGGGGCAAAGCCACGAACCUUUCAGAGAUGUGUAUGUCAGACUGAUCCACCCUGUCCUACUGCAACUGCAAGACAAGGAUAAAUGGGGUCCUCAGCACCUGAAAACAUGCCUUGUUAGCUUGUCCCUUGCCGGGCUGAUACUUAUGGUGCCUGACGAGCCCUUAGACCCCGCAAUGUACCCGAUCAUUGCGCAUCAUCUCCACGAAUGCCGAGUCGUUGAGUUGGAAUCCAGAAUUGAGGGGCAAAAGCAAUUUCACCAGUGUGUGACGGGAACGGACACAGCUCUCGUCAUUCGUAUUCUUCAGCAACAGCUGCUCGAAUUAGGUUCAGUCUCUCAGCCAACCGCAGUGAUCAGACCCGGUAAAGAGGAAUUCUUCAAGCUUCAAGAGAUCUUCACGAGAAUUGUUAGUGUUGUGCUUGAUCACCGGGAUGUUCAAGCGGUUCAAAGAGCGCGACCAGGCAGUGCAGAGUGGAUCGAACAAUGGUCUGACCAACAAGGAAUGUCCAACUUGAGGGCUAUUAUUAAGCGGUUAGAAAGCUCUCAUCGAGCGUUCGACGACUUUGUAAAGCCAAUUCUAUGGUUUUUGAAAGGCUUGUAUCUUGGCUUGGAGCUUGGCAUAAGAGAGAAGACCCAAGGCAGUGCACCUAGCGCGGUUCGUGAGCUUGUCAUGAGCAUCCCUCCCCUGGCAGUCACUCCUGGCGCUGUUCAAGAUUGGAAACUCUUGAAUGCCUCGUCUUCAGAGAUCAAAUCUCACUGGCUUGAGCUUGUUGGAGUGAGAACUGCUCUAACAGGGAAGCAAGAUUGGAUCCCCAUCGAGGGCUUCCUUGACAUUGUUGACAGCUUCUAUUUCGAAUGGAAAAGCCGUUUGACGCAAGACCGGGCUGAUGCUGCGACGAGAUCUCGCUACUACACUUACCGCGGGGACCCAGUCGAAGAUGAAGAAGGCGAAAAUCGAGAGCUGGAUGAGAUGUUUCCACUGUUCGAAGGCCUGGACGUGGCAUCGGACAGGCACCGAAAGGAAUUCGAUGCUCGCGGGACGGCAGUACGACUCAGUAUGCUGCAUCAGACGAUCUACACUGAACGGAAUCCACAAGAAGCUAUCGAAGCGUUCAUUCUCUCUACAUUAGAGUUACUACUGAAAGCUGGUCGUGAUGGUGGUGGAGGCACCGGCACUUCCUUUACGGAUCUCUUACCUGCCAUCUUCUUGCAGAUGGAGGCUAAAAUGACCGAGUUCAGCGGCGAUAAAAGUUCUCGCGGCUUCAACAUAUACACUGACUCAGACAACGAGCAGAGUCAGAAGCUGCUAGAUCUAGUGCAAGAGAUCCAAUCGACAUUCAACAUCAUUCAGGAAAAGUGGCCUGAGCAUGCUGUUCCAGCGGAGGUCUUGUCAUUCUGCACCGAAGUACUCAAUCUGAGCCUCGGUGAUCCUGUCGCCAAGCUUCUCACCAAGACAGAGAAGCUGUACGAGAUUGUGUCGCAGUGGCAAAGUAUUGCUAGCAGAGAGUGGUCCGUCAGCGCACUUGUCGAGCGGCUAUCGUCAUUGGUCAUUAGCUGGAGACGUCUGGAGCUUUUGUCUUGGUCAAGGCUUCUGGAUGAGGAAAAGCAUAAACACGAAGAAGACGCACAAGCCUGGUACUUCAUCGCAUAUGAGGCCAUAAUCUACAACUGCAGAAAUCUAGACAGCACUGACGGAGGGAACCUCUCAUACCAACGGGAUCUGGUCCAAACACUGCAGGAGUUUCUCAAGUCGACGACAUUAGGUCAAUACUCUCCGCGCUUGCGACUGCUCGAGACGCUCAACAAGACUAUGCAGUGCCUGGCAAAUACCCGUCAGCACCUCAGAACAGCUGCCGCUUGUGUUCAAAAUAUCAUUGCACAUUAUCGCCGAUACGAGGUUAGCGUCGAGGCUGCGCUACGUGUCGGUCGGGUUGGGCUCGAGAAGGCUUUGAGUGAGCAGAUCAAACUCGCAAGUUGGAAGGAUGCAAACGUCACUGCACUCCGCGAAAGCGCACGCCGAUCACACUACAAGUUGUUCAAAAUAGUACGAAAAUAUCGCGUCCUGCUCAACCAGGCGGUUGUGUUCAAUGCGCCAGAAGACUUAGCGCAGAACUCACGAGCAGAUGCCGUGACAGACCUUUCGCAGCCUCACUACGACGAUGCGCUAGUAUCUGCUGCUCUGGGACGAUGCCGCCUGCUGGUUGAAGAUUGGCAUAUACGACCUGAGCGCCUUACUCAACCACUGGCCGCAGUUAAAAGCAUGCAACAUGUGUACAAGUCAAAGAAUACUGGAUUUCAAGCUCAUUUGGAGAUUGCGUCCUUCCGACAAGACUUAGUUGAAGCAUCAAAACAGCUGAAAACCCAGACACCACCAGGACUGACUGAGGACAAUGCUGGAUUUGUCCGCCAUCUCCAAGAAAGAAAGAGACGAUUGCUCGCCGAUACACUAAAAGCAGUUAUACAUAUGGGAAUCAGGAGGAAUCUGCCAACUUCUGAACUUGAAAAGCAAUCGUCAUGCGCCAGUGUUCUAGCAUUGGUGGCGGAUUCGGCAGUGAACCAACUUCCGCGAACUGAGUCUGCUGCCAGCGCUAUCUUCCACCAAUUGCUUGACAUAAUGCCUCAAGUCCGCGCAGCUCGGACGGAUCACUCGGACGACCUCACUGAAGGAGAAAUCAAUCGUUCUGUUGGGCUUUUAGAGGGCUUGCUGUUCUUGACAAUCCGCCAAGAGCAAGCAAAUCCUCAGCAGGCAUUCGACAUGAAAGCACUGAGUUCUCAGUUAUCAAUGCUCAGGUCCAUCGUGUGUUCGUCCUCGGGCGCGAUUGUGCGAUCUCCUCUCUCCGCUAACAGCAUCGGCGUUGCACAAGAGCGCCUUGCAUGGUUGGCGGAGAUCUUGAAUCUUGCCUGUCGCAUCUUAAGAUUCCAAGCAGAACAUGGAGGAUUUGACAUCAACGGGUGUUUGGACUCACUGCAUUCUUAUGCAAAGCAAAUUGCAGACUUGAAACUAAGUAUCCUUGAUCUGCCCGAAGCACCGUCGGGAAUGGCGUGGAGAACCUCACAAGAUCUGCUGGACAAAGCCCCCGAACUUCUUUCCCGACUGAGGUUUGAACUGAUGGAUUGGCAGGUUAAGGAGCCUCGAGUCGAGUAUCUCCUCCGCCAAAUUGUGGCCUGGAUCGAAACAAUGUCACAACCAACGAGCGGGACGCAAAUAUAUCAACAGAACUUCACUGUACGAGAACUGGAUCAGAACCUCAAAGACGUUAUAGACCAAGUUUUUGUGGUGCUGCAAAGACUGUCUGCCCUACAGAUGGAGAUGCCAAGCUCAGAUGAAGACCAAGGUUGGCUUUCAAAGUCGGACAAGCACAUCGUUGAGGCUCUGCGAUCACUGCAGAUGAGCACUAUUACCAGACGACUUCAGGCUUCAGUGACACAGAAGCUUCAAUAUCUGGCGCCCGAGGAUUUCGAAGCUGCGAAGACAUUGUUACUUGUGGCAAUGCCGAUCCUCGAUCAGUAUUUCUACAUAUGUGAGCAUCUUCAUAAGCGUCACGCUGCCCUGUCCUUGGAGACGUCCCGACUUGCAUUACAAUUGGCCUGGUCUUUCACUGCUGUUGCAAAACAGGGUUUCUGUCGUCCUUCAGAGCCGGCCGAUGGCCAAGAGCAGACAGGUAAGCUAGAGUCUGGAACUGGGUUGGGUGAAGGGGAAGGUGCAGAGGAUAUCAGUAAAGAUGUCCAAGAUGAUGAAGAUCUGUCUGAAAUUGCACAGGAAGGGCAAAAGGAAGAGAGAGAUGGAGAAAUGGAGAAGACAGAAGAUGCAGUUGACAUGGACAAUGAGGAUCUUGAGGGCGAAAUUGGUGACUCUGACGAGAGACUGUCAGAUCAAGGCGAUAACAAGGAUCAGUCUGGCGACGAGGAGGAGAACGAUGUCGAAGAAGAAACAGGCAGUGUUGAUGAUCUUGAUGCCGAUGUUGUGGACGAGAAACUGUGGGAUGACAUCAAGAACGAGUCGGAGAAAGACAAGGAGAUGGAAAAUGACAAGGUUAGGGGAAAGAAAUCCGAUGAGCAGACUGCAGGAGAUGGGAACAAGGACGAAGGAAAAGAGAUGGAAGAGAUGGAAGGGCAGGAAGAAGAUGCACCUGAAACCGGUGAAGACCGAGAUGAAGGAGGGGAACGACCUGAAGGUCAACAGACGGAUGCUGAUGUGGAUGAAGAGAAGGCCCUGGACCUUCCGGAGGAGCUACAGUUAGCCGGUGACGAUGAGAUUAAGAACGAUGAUAUAUCAGAUGAUGGUAUGGAUGAGUUGUCAGAUACGGAAAUUCCCAGAGAGGAAGCCGAAAGUGACGAUUUUGAGAAGACUGAGGAGACCGAACAGCAAGAGAAACACUCCGACGAGAAAAGCGGUCAAGAUGAGGUUGACGCAGAAGAGGCUCAAGUCGAGGACGCGGUUGCUCGAGAUGACGAGAUUAUGGAGGAUCAAUCUGAAGAAGCCGAGGACGACAAGAAAGACGACCAUCAUACCCGGGAAGACGACACCGUCCACGAUUUGAAAGAAACUGCUGGUGGAGAAUCCGGAGCCGCGCACGAGACCCAGGACAUUGUCGAUGCUGGGCAGAACGUCGAGGGCAUGAAUAAAGCCGACAAAGAGUGUAAUCCUCGGGAAACUCAAGCUGGCAGAGCUCUGGAAGACGAAGAGCAAGGAAAGACCGGUAAAGGGGCCCUUGAACGUGGCGCUGGACGGUCAGAAAGCCUCGAACAUCAGCAGAACCAAUCGUUGAAGCAGUUGGCAGACAUCCUUGAUCGAUGGCAUCAACGUCGCGAGAUCUUGCCAGCUUCUGAAGAGCGAAACCCAGGCGAUGAGGAAAUGGAUAUUGACAUGGCAGAUGUUGAUUUCGAGCAUGUUCAAGAGGAAGACGCGGGCAAUGCACUCGCUCUUGGUGCUGCAGCGGCAGAUCAGGCUCAGAAUAUUGACCCAGGCAAAGCCAUAGAAGAUGAAGAUGCGCCAAUCGACAAGGACUCGCGACUUCCCGAUGUCAUGGAGCCGCAAGAGCAGGAAGAUAUUGCAGAGAGAUUCAGUCGACUCAAGGCGCAGGCAAAGCCAACAGAGACCAGAGAGGCCGGAGCUUUCGUCCCUGACCAUCAGUCCCAGCAUAAGGAAUUUGCCGGCCAGCACGAUGCUGGCGACACCGCUUCGGAUGACUUAUCGCCUGAUAUCGAACAACUCGAGCUCAGCAGCGAUCAAGCACAACCAGCUGUCCAUCCUACAAGCGGUUCUAACGCUGCUCAUCUUUGGCAGCAAUGUUCGACCAGCACGCAUGAAUUCUCUCUCCUCCUCACCGAACAACUUCGCCUGAUUCUCUCACCUACGACGGCCACAAAGCUCCGCGGCGACUAUCGAACGGGCAAGCGACUCAACAUCAGACGCAUCAUCCCGUAUAUCGCAUCGAACUACAAAAGAGACAAGAUAUGGAUGCGUCGUUCGGUGCCCAGUAAGCGGAACUAUCAGAUCAUGAUCGCCGUGGACGACAGCAAAUCCAUGAGCGAGUCCGGCGCCGACGUCCUCGCUUUUGAAACACUAGCGCUGCUCACCAAGUCUCUGGCCAUGUUAGAGGUCGGGGAGAUCUGCGUUAUUGGAUUUGGCGACUCCCCAGCCAUCACGGUCGCGCAUCCGUUCGGUCAACCCUUCUCGCCAGCCGAGUCAGGCCCAAACGUCUUCCGCUCAUUCAGCUUCGAGCAGCGAGGAACGGACGUCAAGAGCUUGCUCAGACAGAGUAUUCGCUUAUUCCAGGACGCGAAAAAUCAACGACAAGGCGGUGGACGAGGGGAAGAGCAGUGGCAGUUACAACUCAUUGUGAGCGACGGGCACUGUUCGGACCACGACGGCAUCGCGAGAAUGGUCCGGCAGGCGCAUGACCAGGAGCGCAUCGUGAUUGUCUUUGUCAUUGUCGAUGCCGGCGAGGAGAGCAUCCUCGAUCUCAAAGAGGCCAUUUUCGAGCCCGACAACACUGCUAGUAGCUCUUCUGCAUCAGGCAAAGAAGUGGGAGCAAUAACGGAAAUGAGGGUCCGUACAAAGAGGUACCUUGACGGCUUCCCCUUCCCGUAUUACCUCAUCGUCAGGGAUGUUAGAGAUCUGCCCAGCGUCCUGGCGACCGCGUUGAAAGGAUGGUUUGGGAGUGUCGUUGAUGUCCAGGGUUGA